UACGGUGUAAUUCGAAACCGGAGAAAAGAAAAAUAAAAUAAAAUGGAGAGACGAGUGAGUAGCGAAGCCAAGGAGAGCAUAACAGAGAGGCUUUCGUCUCUCGAGGGUCUCUACUUCCCUCGCGCCCUACAAUUAGCAACCACAACUCCCUCUCAACGCAAGUCCAUCCUCCUUGACCUCCUUUCCCGUGACGCUGCCGUUUUCUUAGAGCGGUAUGGAUCACAAUUAACUGGCGAUGAGCUUCAGGAAUUUGAUGUUUUUAAUGAUGAUUAUGAGAUAAAUUGGCACUUAAAGCAACUCAGAAGCAAAAUGAAUCCAACUUCAGAAGAAUUGCGGUCAAGAUCACUAAUAGUAAAAAAUCGGAGGCGGGCAUUCUUAAAUAAGCUGAUAUGUGAUGGACAGUACUUUUCAGAGGAUGCAAUGAGGGGGAGAGAACCAUAUUUGCAUCAUGAGUAUGUGGGGAAAUUUCAGGAUAUAAGUGGCAGGGGAAUGGCGAGGCCUGGUGAACGGUGGUCAGAUACAUUGAUGAGAAGGUGUGAGGAAGCAAGGUUGGUUGAAAAGAUUAGGGAGGAACAGCAGAAGUUGGGUGUUGCUGAAAGGGACUGGAUUUGUAAUGAGAGAAGCCAAGUAGAGGAAGAAGAAGAGGAGGAGGAGGAGGAGGAGGAGGAGGAGCAACAAAAAGUUAAUGGCAUCGCACGUCCGACAGAGAUGCUCUCGGAUCCUGGUGAUGGGAACAGUGCCACCCUACCCACUGUGGCAGGAAAUGAUGAGGGACCGACUUUAUCAGCAGAAGAGAAGGAUGAGAUGAUGGAGCAGUUUACCUAUAUCAUGCACCAGAAGUUUCUUUCAGGCGAAGAUCACCAGCACUUAGAUUACUCGCAAAUAGAUAACAAUGAGACCUUGGAUGAUCACUGGCUUAGGGAAGUCGGUCUUGAUGCAGAGGAAAAAUAUUUUGACGAAGACUAAAGACAGGUUAUCUGAUUUAGCUUCUAGUUACCUUUCUGGCAUCACUUAGCGUAACAUCUGCCUAGUGUCAAAUAUUUGCCCUAACUUUGAUCCUUUGUGUGUAGACUGUACAGAUUUAUAUAUUUAUAAUUUUCUUUCAGUCACUUUAUUAAAUGCCACUAGUGCCCCCCGUCUUUCUU